AUGCAAUUCUCAGAGUGUAAGACACACAAAAUACUAAUAAAUUUAUUCAUAAAGAAAAUGGCUUCAUGGAGUAAUAUGAAAUCUCGUAUAACUGCUUCAGUGCGCACUACAAGUCGCAUGAAUGCUUUACUUUCGGAAUCCAUGUUGGGGAAACGUAAGGCUCUGAUAAAAUUAUCCACUGUGGAGGGGGAAAACGAAGCUGAGAGUGAAAAUGAGAAACCCAAAAACGAUUGGAGUUUCUUUCGCACUAAUUUCAGUAUGGAACAGGUUCAGAAACUUAUUGAAGCAACGAUUGAGGAACGUUUGACCUGGGAUCGCUUCAGUCGUUCCUAUGAUUCAUGGCGUUCUUUACAAUUGGCCGAGAAUUUAGCUUCCGACAUAAGAGAUGGUGUUCGCAGAUUUAAUCACAAGCGUCAUCGCAUUGUUUGCAUUUUAUCUGUUAUUGAGAAACAAAAUCAAGGUAUAACGAUGCGCAUGCGUCAUUUGAUGGAUGAAGAAAUGGACAAUUUUACAAGUGUUGUUUAUGAACGUCCCACAUAUUUUAUUGUUGUUACUGUUUAUUUAGUUUAUAAAGAUUAGAUUUCAUAUAUUAAAUAUCUACACAAUACUCAUAUUCUGAAAAAAUAUUCCAAUUUUGUUUUGGAACAUUAAUAAAUUUGGAAAAAUAAAAAAUGAUGAGGAUUAUUCUUUAAG